GGUCAGGGGCAGUCCUAGGCCAGCUGUGGGCUCGGCAGCCGCGGGGCCGCAGAGGGCAGGGCUUUGGCGAGGGUCUGAAUUCUGCAGAGUCUGGGACGAAGGUCGCAGGAGAGGUCAGGCUCGGGCGCGCGCCGUGUCCCCGCGCACCCCGCCCGUGCAUGGGGGUCCUCGGCCUGCCGGUGGUGGCCGCGGCCCUGCGGAGCGUCUGGGGAGCCCGGAGCCUGGGACCGCGCCGCCUCUGGUACCGAUGCCCUCUCACGGAGCCCCUCGCGCGCGUGCACCCAACUCCGUUUCUCCCACAGCUGGGGGUAAACUUCUGUGGCUUGGCCCCCAUGGCCCAGAAUGAGAAGGCCCUCGUCGCCGUCGCGGGGGGCGUCAAGGAGGAGCCGGACAAGAAGUCCCGGAACCGGCAGGGCAGAAUCAGGGUCUGGGAGGAAACGGACCAGAAGGUGAAGAAGCUCAAGACCAGUGAGGAGGCUGAGGGGCAGAGCAAGAAGCUGCCCAAAAGGAAGGUGGUGCUGCUGCUGGCUUACUCUGGCAAGGGUUACCAUGGCAUGCAGAGGAACGUCGGGUCCUCGCAGUUCAGGACUAUUGAAGACGACCUGGUGGCUGCCCUCGUCCGGUCGGGCUGCAUCCCUGAGAGCCAUGGGGAGGACAUGAAGAAGAUGUCUUUCCAGCGUUGUGCACGCACAGACAAGGGCGUGUCUGCUGCUGGCCAGGUUGUGUCCCUGAAGGUGUGGCUGAUUGAUGACAUCCUGGAGAAGAUCAACAGCCACCUCCCGUCUCACAUUCGGAUUUUGGGCCUGAAGCGCGUCACGGGCGGCUUUAACUCCAAGAACAGGUGUGACGCCAGGACCUACUGCUACAUGCUGCCCACCUUUGCCUUUGCCCACAAGGACCGGGAUGCGCAGGACGAGAGCUUCCGGCUGAGUGCCGAAACACUGCAGCAGGUCAACAGGCUGCUGGCCUGCUUCCAGGGUACACACAACUUCCACAACUUCACAUCACAGAAGGGGCCCCAGGAGCCCAGCGCGAGGCGCUAUGUCCUGGAGAUGCGCUGUGGGGAGCCCUUCCUGCGGGACGGCCUGGAGUUCGCCGUGAUCACUGUCAAGGGCCAGAGCUUCAUGAUGCACCAGAUCCGCAAGAUGGUGGGGCUGGUAGUGGCCAUUGUGAGGGGCCACGCCCCCGAGAGCUUGCUGGCCUGCAGCUGGGGCCUCACCAAGGUGGACGUGCCCAAAGCGCCGGGCCUCGGGCUGGUGCUGGAGCGGGUGCACUUUGACAAGUACAACCAGCGCUUCGGCGGCGACGGGCUGCACGAGCCACUGGACUGGGCGGCGGAGGAGGGCGCCAUCGCUGCCUUCAAGGAGCGGCACAUCUUCCCCAGCAUCGUGGAGGCAGAGCGGCAUGAGCACUCCAUGGCGCGGUGGCUCAGCACACUGCCCGUGCACGACUUCCACGCCUCUGCCGUCGCCGCAGCCAGCCCUGCCUCCAAGGUUCCCAGCCCCAUGGGGGGCAGUGACGAGGGGGAAGGAGACACCGACUGAGAGGCCCUGGAGGCUGCCCCUCCAGGACCAGGAUGCCUGCCUGACCCUCACAGUGGGGGCAAGGAUCUGGGCCACGUGCUCCAGACACAUCUGCACUGCCGGCCCACUCUGACACUCAGGGUCCCAGCGUGCCACAGCACUCUGACUCUUGACUCCAGCGCCACCCACCUCUACAUAGCGCCUUUGCCGAGUGCCCACCUCUGCAGGAGAGGCCCUAUUUUUUUAGAGACGAUUUUCUUAUUAAAAUAUGAAUUUUAUGAACGUGA